AUGGAUACUGGCAUAAUUGGGCCUGUCACGGUUAUGAACAGCUUCGUUUCACAAUUCGGCAGCCAAUCAUCAACAGUUCAUGGCUUGAUCGUCUCUUCCAUCCUUAUUCCAGCGGCAUUUUCUUCUUUCUUCGCGGGGCAUCUAGCUGACAAACUGGGAAGGCCAAAGGGCAUCAGCAUUGGCGCCCUGAUCUUUGCGAUUGGAGCAACUUUGGAGGCGGCUGCUGUGCAUAUCGGGAUGUUUGUUGUGGGACGUUGCAUUAAGGGUAUAGGUGAGGGAUUGUAUCUUGGAACCCUGGUCGUCUACAUUUGCGAAAUCUCUCCGCCGAGGGUUAGAGGAGCAUUGACGACCGGGCCCCAGUUGCUGGUUACUCUGGGGUUGACGAUAGGGUUCUUUACAUGCUACGGUACUUCUCUGGAGGCUACUGCAGUCUGGGACCACCUUGGUGUCAGCCAGGCUGAACGUGAAAAGGCCGAGAUUGAGCAGACUCAGGGCGUCCCUCCUGCUUCCAGCGACAAACAUGAUCCGUCCGCAUCCCAACGUCAAGACAGAUUAGUAGAGCACAAGGUUUUCGAUCUGUUUUCCAAAGAUGUACGGACACGCACUUUUUUGGCGGUGUUUCUCAUGGGCAUGCAGCAACUCAGCGGAAUUGAUGGUGUACUCUAUUAUGCCCCAUUGCUUUUUGAGAAAGCAGGCCUAGCUUCCUUCGGUGCUAGCUUCUUUGCCUCUGGUAUUUCUGCAAUAGUUAUCUUCGCCGUAACCAUUCCGGCGCUCAUAUGGGCGGACAGGUGGGGCCGACGACGCAGCAGUAUCUACGAUGGCAUCGGCCUCGUCGUCACAAUGUUCUUGAUAGGGGGCCUCUACGCAGGGAAUGCCGUAUACAACUCAACUGGUGCAGGUCGGUGGGUGGUCAUUGUCUGCAUCUAUAUUUUUGCAGUCAUAUACUCUCUCAGCCGGGCAGUUGGCAUUAAGAUCUAUGCAGCAGAGAUACAACCACAAAGGACUCGCGCAUCGGCCACUAGCCUGGCACAUGGCAUCAACUGGACCGCCAGCUAUCUGGUCGCACUUACGACACCCAUUUUACUUUCAAAGAGCAGCUUUGGUGCAUACUUUCUCUUUGGAGGAUGCACCCUAAUUACGGCAUUCAUCUGCGCCCUCUUCAUGCCCGAAACAAAAGGACAAUCCUUGGACGAGAUUGAGGAGGCUUUCAAAUCUAAACCGCUGUCCAAAACACUGUUGAAGACCUUCAGACCUAUUAUCCAGACAGCCCAGCGAUAA